AUGCUUACAUGCUACUUCUAGGCUACAAGAAAGGCUCUCGUGAAACUGGUGGUACGUACGAGGCCGCCACCACUCGCCGUUUCAAGAAGGGUAGGACAGAGGCCAUCCGGGUCGUCUCUAAUGAAGUACGACAGUGGUUGGACGUGAUGAGAGACGCAUCUUCCAGUACUUCUGAUCGUAAAGCUGGUCUGGUUACGGCCUUGAAGAAGCAUAUCAGUGAUGCCAAAGAUGCGGGUAUGGGAAUGGGCAUUGACCGACACUUGUUGGGUUUGAGAAUGUUGGUCCAAGAGCACGACGGAGAGAAAGCCCUCGAGCUGUUCAAUGAUCCAUUGUUCCAACGAUCCAAGAAGUGGGUUUUGUCGACCUCUGCCAUCUUCUCCAAACAUUUCCCUGUUUAUGGAUGGGGAGAGGUUGUUCCUGACGGAUUUGGUGUCGCUUACAAGACUGGCUUUGAUGAUCGUCUGCAGUUCACCAUUACUUCUCGGAAAGAGAUGGAUAAUGUCGGGUUUAUUCGAGAAAUUGAACAAGCCGCGAAGGACCUGAGGGCUUUAUUCAAGGAGGAGAAGCCGGGCUCUCCAAUUCCUCCUUCCAGGAU